UUUAUCGUAUUUUAAGAGCUUUAUCAGUUUUUGUUUUAAUUCGAAAAUUCCGGAAAGCAUUCAAUAUCUUGAGAACAUACAAGAAUGAUUUUUCUAAAAAAUAGGGAUUAAAAAGAAUAUUUCAAUUUAAAAUUGCAAAAUGAUGUUUAGCAAAGUGCAGUGUUUAAGAAAAUAAGUGCUGUAUGUACAGAGUAGUGUUCCGCAGUUAAGACAGUUUUAAGGUUCAGUAUUUUCAAUAUUCUUCGGACAAUUGUCAAAUUUGGAAGUGGAACGUAGAACUUUCUUGUCCAAAAAUUGGCACUCUUCCCAUAAAGGUUAGCCACCCUUGAGGUAGAGAAAAGUUGUAGAAUUAAUCUUUGUCAUAUUCUGGUGUCACCACUCUUGCAUCUGGUGUCAUAAUGUAUGGACAGCUGGGAAUUGCCGAUUAUGUAGUCAUUGCAGCCAUGCUGGCAGUGUCAGCUUCGGUUGGCUUGUGGUUUCGUUUCACGGGCGGCCGCCAGAAGACCACGCAGGAGUUUCUGAUGGCUGGUAAGAACAUGAGCAUCUGGCCAGUGGCCUUCAGUCUCAUGGCCACCUACAUGUCCGCCAUUUCGGUCCUGGGUUUGCCUGCCGAGACCUACCUCUAUGGUACACAGUUCCUCAUGUGGAUGGUUGGGUCCCCCAUCGGAGGCCUCAUUGCUGCGUACGGAUUCCUUCCGGUCUUCUUUGAUAUGGAAGUCUCCACCGCCUACGAGUAUUUAGAGAGACGAUUUGGAAAAAGUACGAGAACGAUUGCAUCUUUGCUUUUUACUCUUCAAAUGAUCUUCUACAUGGCUGUCGUGCUUUACGCGCCCUCUCUAGCUUUGAAUGCAGUCACUGGUUUGUCCACCUGGGCAUCUGUCGUUUCACUCGCCGUCGUCUGCACCUUCUAUUGUUCAUUGGGAGGCUUAAAAGCGGUACUUUGGACAGAUGUAUUCCAAUCCAUACUAAUGUAUGUAACCAUUUCGGCUGUUGUCAUCAAGGGGACUAUAGACACUGGUGGAAACGAUCGUGUCUUUGAGAUAGCGAACGAAGGAGGGAGACUGAUAUUUUUCGACACAACAACCAGUCUCACGCAACGCUAUACUUUAUGGAACUCGAUUAUUGCUGGAUUCCUAUUUGGCACGCACACUUUUGCAACGAAUCAGGCACAAAUUCAAAGAAUGCUGAGCGUUGGAGAUCUCAAAAAGGCACAAAUCGCUCUUAUUUUAAGUCUGCCGCUGAUCUUGAUUUUUAACAUCUUUUGCUUCUGGGAUGGUGUUGUCAUUUACGCAAAUAACUACGACUGUGAUCCCCUCCAACAUCCCACUCAUAGUUUGAAUUCAGCCGAUCAGUUGAUGCCUUAUUCCAUCUUGAAGAUGUUUGGUGACACUCCCGGCCUUCCUGGCUUAUGCAUCGCUGGCGUCUUCAGCGCUUCUCUCAGCACCGUUUCAUCUGCAGUGAAUUCACUCACUGCAGUUACCAUGGAAGAUUUCAUCAGGCCCUUUUGCUUUUGCAAAAGGCUUACUGAAUCGUGGGCUGCUUUUCUUGCCAAAAUAAUAGCUAUUGGAUACGGUGGAGUCUGUCUGCUUCUGACUUUCAUUGUGGCUAACUUCAGAGGCGUUUUAGAAGCAUCGAACGUUAUGUUUGGCAUGAUUGGAGGGCCAAUGCUAGGCAUUUAUACCCUCGGAAUGUUUUCUACAACUGCCAAUGAACCUGGUACGCUGAUUGGUCUUCUAGUUGGAUUUGUGAUAAAUGCCUGGUUAGGUUUCGGUUCCUAUGCAGUCAAAGUGCCAAUCCCAACUUUGGCGAAGUCUACUCUGGGUUGCAAUCUUUCAGACAACUCAACUUAUUUCCUCACAGCGGAAAACAACGAGACCACUCUAUUUGACACUGGUCUGGAGAAUGUGAUUGAUGCGCUUAGCCUCACAGAUGAAAGUGAAGAAGAGUACGUCCUCCCCGUAUACAAAAUGUCUUUCAUGUGGUUUCCUCUCAUCGGAAGCGUGACUGUCAUCGCGGUUGGCUACAUCUCCAGCUUUAUACUAAGUUUUUGGAUUGAAAACAAGAAUCUUGAUCCUGCGAACUUCAGUCCGCUUGUCAGAAAAUGGUAUUUUAAAUCAGCAAAAGCGACAGCAAAUGACGUUAAACUUUAUCCUGAUGUCGAAAUGAAAAUGCAGAAUGACUGUGUGACAGUUUUCAAAAGUUGAAAAAAAAAAAAAAAAAAAAAAAAAACUACGAGUAACCCGACCGUUAGAAGAGAAAAAAAACUUUUUUAAACUGUUCAUUACGGUGCUUCUUCAUUGGGAGAGAAAAAUGGAGGUUAGAAUAUGACGAAAAGGCUCCAAAAGUAAGAACCAAAACUUCACGGUGUUCUGUCAUGUGGCCAAGGAAAUGUUAAUGGACUACUUAUGCAAUAGAACAAUUGGUGUUGUUAAAAGUAAAAAAUGCGAAUAAGAGCCCAUUGUAUAUUGGGAGAACUUAAAUUCAGUCACAAAAAAUUAAAGGGAGAGACAUGAAUGUUCUCGAUAACGUCCGCUUGUCUUCAGUAUCCACGCCAACCCUCUACUGCUCACCGUGGCUCUGAGAUCACGUCAAAUUUCACCACAUUUCACUGUAGGAGCUUUCUUUCUUUGCUGAUCAGUGUGACUUGAGUGCUUGAGCAACGCAAUAUGCCUGUUUUUUAUGUAGAUUGUUCGUAAUGACAAAAGAAAAUAUUUUAGUCACAGAAUCACAAACUUGAUUUGAAAAUACGAGGGCCAUUUAAUAAUUAAAGAGAAUAAUUGAUGUGGAGAAAAGACUGUUGGUAGUACAAGUUUGAUACAUUUGGGAAUCUUAAAUUGGUCUCACUGCAAUGAGUUCGAAUUUGCGGAAUGAUCAACAUUGAUCCGUUUAUAACCUCAAAAUUAAGUCAAACGAUGUCGGAACUUCUUAAAAACUCCACAUUAGUUGAAAAAACGUUCUGUGAUUCUUUUUUCUUAAUCGCUGAAAGUGAAACCCAACUAAUAUAUACCCUAGAAUGAUUAAAGCGCAUGGUAAAAGUUGUAUGAACUGUGUUAAGUUUCUCAAGAGGUUAAACAGUUCAAAAAUAGUCGAGAAUCAGUAUCUGACGAACACUGUUCCGGCUGGCCUAUUGAAAUUUCAACUUCCUCACGUGAAACUCUAAUUGAUGAUAUUGAUGAUUCCAUUCGUGUAGACCGCCCGCCGUGUCACAGUGGAAAUGAUUGCAGAAAAAGUUAGUGUUGGGUGCAGUUUAUACUCAGAAGAGAAGGGUGACGCUCCAGCAAGAUAGUGCAGGUCCUUACUUUGCUCAAUUAACCCGUGGAACCAUUGUUAAAAUGGACCGAUUAAGCACCCUCUGAUCUCUUUUUUUUUUCUUCAUUGAAGGAGGCAUUAAUGGGAAAAAGUUCCAGGAUAACGGGGAAAUCAAAAAUUUUUGAGGGAACUUGGCUUCUACAUCAAGACAAAGAGUUCUCUUUGCAGCCGCUAAAAAAAAAAAACUAGUAACCAGUUGAGAUAAGUGCAUAAACGUUGAUAAGGUUUAUAUUGAAAAGCAGGAAAAGUCUUAUCGUGUAGAAAAAAGUAAUGUUUUUUUCUCCAGGUCAUUUUAUCUCUUUAAUUACUGAAUAAACUUCGCUUGUGAAAAAUUUUAAAAAGAAAAAUCCGCAAUAAAUGUGCUAAAUACUUUGUUCUUUAUCAUUUUAAUUUUUCUAAACAAAUCCAAACAUGAGUUUGCAAGCAACACGAAGUUUCAACUGAAGUUUGUUCUAAUGUCUGUGCCUGCUAUUUUUGUAGUUUAUUUACAUCAUUUUGAAUUUCUCCCAAUUUUUUUAAACAAAAUGUAUUAAAUUUCUGGAUUAGUUCUUAAAAGUAAAUAAAAUGUUUCAGAAGUUGGGGGGAAAAAAAGCAUCAUAAGUAUCAUGAUAGUUUCAAUUCUUGAAUAUUUCCCUGUGCUUGUACGUACAUUUUUUGGAGCAAGUGUACAACGCUUGUUGCACAUAGAUUUGUUAUUGACACCUUACAUGAGCCUUGCGUACAUGAACAGUACCUAAGUUGUCAUGCGAAUUGUAUAAUUUCUAUUCUUCCAUCUUAUUAUCAUAUAUGAUUCGCUAAGACAUGCAUUAUCAUAUUAUAUAAGUGUAUUUUUUUAAUUGUACUCAUUUCGUUAAAAAAAUAAAAUAUUUUUA